AUGAGCAUGGAACUUGACCUUCCACCACCAUAUGAGUCUCACGAUCCGCUUCCAAUUUCAGCAACAUGGAACCGUAGACUGAACCAAAUUCAACCCGAUCUUUUCAACAUCUCCUGCCCCACCACCCGCGACUACCAAGUCCAUUCAGACAAAUAUUCCACUUUAUUCGUCCGCGUCCAUAGGCGAAAUUUCACGAAGCCGAACUUGGUCAUCUACCUACGAGAUGACGAUGUCGAACAGGACAUAGCCCACUGCGAUUUCAGAGAAAAGAUCGGACAAUGCGACAUGGGCGUAUCAAAAAGCUCCAGUGGCGAAAGCUCGACUAUUUGGUGGUCUGAUACGGACCGCAGCAUCCCCGUUUCAAAAAUGUACCGAUUUUCAGCGAAGGUGCAACCGAGUGGUGGUGGUGAAAUCGUGCACAAGAUAUUUAUCUGGAAGCGCACGUCAGGUCUAGAGUUGGUGGAUGAAGCUACAAGCACAAUCGCUGCUGUAGCCCCCGACAUGAGGCUCGACCAGCCUAAGCUUGGAUCAUUGGAGGUACUGGUGCCCUAUGGUCCUGAUUUUAACCUGAUAGCCUUGACUACUCUUUUAACAGUCUGCGAGAGACUGAGGGAGGAGGAUUCAUGA